AUGAUUCCUUCCUUCGUGGACUCUCAACAGCACACUGCCCAGCCCCGGGCUCUCCCUGUGGCGCCGGGUGCGGCCAACCUUCACUUCCCCAGGGCAGGGCUCAGCUCAGGUCAGCGCAAUCAGCCCACUCAGGCCCGGACCCGGCCGGCUGAGCCCGCCGGUCCACAGCGGCCCCUGGACCCCCGCCAGCGGGGAUGGGCGUGGGCCCCGCCGGCCACCGCCCCGCCGACAAGGACUCCCGAGAAGCGUGAGCCCCACCCGCGGCGCCGGCUCCGGACCUACCUGCAGGGGACAGUGAGGCUUCUGGACAGCGGCCGCGGGCCCGAGGGCCGGGCGCCGCGGCGGCCCGGAGCCCGUCCCCCGGGGCCCCUAGCAACGCUCGGGAUUCGGGAUGGGGCAGGGCGGGGACAGACGCCGGGGGGCUGCGGCCGGCCAGCGCGGCCCGACGCGGGGUCGCGAGGACCUGGCUCUCCCUCAGCACCAGGCCAUCGCUGCCGCCGCCAUUUUGCCUUCCACUCCGUGUCGCCGCCGCCGCCGCCGCCGCCGCCGUCCGCCGCGGGUUUCCCGGAUGUGGGCAUUUCCCGGCGUCGCUUGCGCGGGGGCCGAGGACUGGGGGCUUCAGGCCGCCCUGCUGGGCCCGGUAGCGAGCGUUCCGCUUGUGGCCUCCUAACCGAGGCUCGCUCGCCCGCUGCCCGGAGCCAAGAGCUGAAAACAAACCAGAGCCUCUGCUUUACCAGCACCGUGCUGUGACAGAGGCUAGUGCUCUUCGUACUGGAGAGGGCCUUUGCCCUUGGACUGUGAUAAAAUGAUUAUUUUGGCCCCAUCGCAGAAGCCUUGCCUCUACUAGCCUAAAGGUUAGUGCACCUGGUUGGACGAGGCAAGACCGAGGCAGCACACCAUCUAGCAAUCUAGACAGCCAUAGGAGCAGACCCGCUGCUCGCAACAGCUGACGGAGCGGCGACUGCGGAGCCCGAGGAGGCGGCACCUGUCGGACCCGCCAGCCCGCCGCCGCGCAUCAGCCGGAGCUGCGGCUAGAAACGAGUCCCACCGCGCAGAGUACCAGUUCUCCAGCCGCAGGACGGA